AUGACACCGCCAUCGGUGCCAAAGGCGAUGGAGAUCAAGUCCAACGACAUCCAGGACAUUUGCCGACAGUUUGGACUACCAACCGCAGUGGCAGAGGUCUAUCGCAAGCGAAAGAUCAACUCUCUAUACAACUGGCAGAAGCAAUGUCUCACCCACCCCAGUCUGCUACAAGGCUCCAACCUCAUCUACUCGUUGCCGACAUCGGGUGGCAAGACCUUGGUGGCCGAGAUCAUACUCAUCAAGAGUGUUCACAAGGAGAAGAAGAAGACGCUGUUCAUCUUUCCAUUCGUCAGUAUCGUUAUGGAGAAGGCCGAUGCCCUUGUCGAGUUUGGAAAGGCUUUGGGAUUCACGGUCGAGGCAUACUACGGCGUGCAGGGUCUGGUGCCCGUGCCCCCUGGCAAAGGAAUCAUUGUGUGCACCAUCGAGAAGGCCAACAUGAUUAUCAAUCAAUUGAUAGAGGACAAGCGAUUGGACGAACUAGGCACAGUUGUAGUGGACGAGCUUCACAUGGUGGGCGAUGGCGAGCGUGGUGUCCUGCUUGAACUGCUGAUCUCCAAGCUUUUGUUCGUUUCCAAGGGCAAGGUGCAGGUCGUGGGCAUGUCGGCCACCAUCCCAAACCUUGUACUCAUGCAGCAGUGGUUCAGAGGCGGUCUAUUCGAGGACAGCUUCCGACCUGUGGAGCUCAAGGAGUUUCUCACGUACAACAAGGACAUCUAUGAGCGCAAGGGCAAGGUGGUCGAUCAAACCACUACAAGAUUGCUCGAUACGCCCAAAGUGAUAGUGGCUGAGAAGCCUCCAUCACCUCCCAACUCAAAGAAACAACCGACUAUCAUGUUUGACUAUGAGAAGCUGGGCAAGACUGAUGGGUAUCUCGUGUCCCUGGUCAAAGAAGUGAUUCCAGAUCACUCAGCUCUCAUCUUUUGUUCAUCAAUCAAGUUGACCCAAGACGUAGCCCAGUUCAUAUCCAGCCAGCUGGCAUGCUUUGCCAAUCACAAGGAAGAGGAGAAGGGAGGAGUAAUACGUAGUUUACAAGCACUUGGACACAUGGACAAGAUAUUAGAGUCAACGAUCAAACAUGGAGUUGCGUUCCACAAUUCGACAUUGACAAUUGAUGAACGUGAGAUCAUUGAACAGGCAUUCAGGGAGAGGACCAUCAACGUGCUCUGUGCCACUUCGACACUGAGUGCCGGUGUGAACCUUCCCGCCAAACGCGUAAUCAUUCGUUCGCCAAAGAUGGGGAUCAGUGCCAUCACCACCAGACUGUACAAACAGAUGGCAGGCAGAGCCGGACGUGCUGGAAUAGAUGACACUGGUGAGUCCUAUCUCUACUGUCUCAACAAUACCGACUACACCACGUCCAAGAAGAUCAUGUCAUCCGAUCUCGACCCUGUAGUAUCAGGUCUGGCCGAUGCCAAGAACGACAAAUACUUUCUCAAAGUUGUAUUGGACUGUGUUGCUGCCAAGAUAGCCACAACGAUCAAAGAGAUAUACGAAUUUAUUACAUGUACAUUUUACUUCACAUGUUUGCCAGCAUUGACAAACAAACUCAAUUCAAAGUCACCAAUUGAUUAUAUUUAUAGUGAGCUCAGGAAGGCAUUGGUCAAGCUGAGGAAAGAAUCAUUCAUACAAGAGAAGAAGGAGUCCAAUGAUGUAGACGACUGCAAGGACAAAGUUAUUGAAGUCAAAGAAGAGGAGAUACCAAUCGAUAUGGUAUGGGAAUCAACUGGACUUGGAGACGCGACAUUCAGAUCAUCAUUGUCCACGGAGGAAGCAAUCAUUGUGAAGAAAGACCUCGAGAAGACCCAAAGGAAUGGUGUCGUCCUGUGGGGUGACCUUCAUCUCUGCUACAUCACAACACCAAUGUUUGGAUUACCAAAGUUAUACAAUGAAAUGUUAUAUUGGGAACGAUUCAAGAAUCUAUAUAACUCUCUGGAUCAGGUGGACAGAUCAAUUGCCAAUAACAUUGGAGUUGAUCCAGAGUUCAUACAGGAGAGGUUGUACAACAACUCUUUUUCAGCAGCACCGGAGGAAUCAGUGCUCAACAAAUACUUGCGAUUCUAUUGGUCGCUGGCCAUGAGCGAUUUGAUCAAGGAGAUGCCGCUGGGCAUGGUGGCCACUAACUACAACAUUGGCAAGGGCACCCUGCAGAACCUGCUCAAGACAUCUGGAUGCUUCGCAUGGAUGGUCGUAUCAUUCUGCAACAAAUGCCAAUGGUCCAGUCUCGAGGUGUUGAUCAACUCCUACAUCCAUCGACUAGACUCUGGCGUCAAGCCCGAUAUUAUCCCGCUGGUCCAGAUCAAGGGUGUGGGACAGGCACGUGCUCGCGCCCUAUUCAACGCUGGCUUCACCACAGUCAAGUCGAUCGCCACCGCCGAGAAGACUCAGAUCAUGAUGCAUGUCAAGCAACUUAACAACAUGUCCAGGAUUGUUGAGAGGAUCAUAGAGUCGGCGAGAGUAUUACUCGAGAAGCAGUCGGAAGAGUUACAACGCAAGGCCAACGAGUUGUUGGUCGGAGUGGAAGUGUCGACCAAACCUGAUCCUUCUGGGUCUGGUCUUGGGCCUGCUUGA